CUCUCAGCUCUUACAUCUCUAUAUCUACCUUCCAUCAUCAUCACCGCGCACCGCACUCAAUCAUGUCCACAACUGCAGUGUCUCAGGCUAAUCCUGCCGAGAAGAAAGGCGAACCAGACGGUAGUUUCAAACGACCAGCGUCGUCCUUCAGAAGUUUCGUAGAGAAAGGCGGGCAGUUCCCUCCCGAAAACAAUCGUUAUCAUCUUUACGUUGCCUAUGGCUGUCCCUUCGCCUCACGCACGCUGAUCGUGCGUAAAUUGAAGGGUCUUGAGGACAUCAUCUCUGUUACCGUCUGCUCUCCACGUUUUGGUCCCAAUGGUUGGCCAUUUGCGUCGGUGGAGCCUUUCCCAGGAGCAGAAGUCGAUCCGCUUUACGAUUCGAAGUAUGUCAGAGAUCUGUAUCUAAGGGCGGAUCCAAACUAUGCAGGAAAAUUUACAGUUCCUCUCUUAUGGGACAAGAAAGAGCACACUAUUGUGAACAACGAGUCGUCGGAGAUAAUCCGCAUUUUGAACACAGCGUUCAACGCUUUCCUUCCGGAAGAGAAGGCUGCUCUCGACUAUUAUCCUCCAGAGUUGAGAGCAGAGAUUGAUACCGUGAAUGAAUUUAUAUACGAUGGCAUUAAUGAUGGCGUAUACAAGGCGGGUUUUGCAAAGACGUCCGAAGCGUUCAAUCCUGCUGUCAUCCACCUUUUCGAGACCCUUGAUCGGGUAGAGGCUCUACUGGCGGGAAAGACAUACCUUGUCGGCGAGCGUCUCACCGAAGCAGACGUCAGGCUAUUUGUGACGAUAAUUCGAUUCGAUACAGCGUAUGUGGGGCAUUUCAAGUGCAACUUGCGCACCAUUCGUGGUGGAUAUCCCAACAUACACUUAUGGCUACGUCGCCUAUACUGGAGGAAUGAUGCCUUCCAGUCGACGACUGAUUUCGAUCACAUCAAAACCUUCUAUUUUUGGGGCCAGCCAGCGAUCAAUCCGACUCGCAUUGUUCCCAUCGGUCCUGUUCCACACAUUGAAGCCUUAUGAUCGACAAAUUCAGGGUUUUUGGCUCUUCUCUGAAACUGUUGUAUUCUUGUGCGUGGAUCUGUAUAUGUAGCUCUUGGUCAGUCUCCGUGAAGUGAUAUAUAAGUCAGUUGUAUCAACAGUACUGCCCUACACUGAACAAAGUAGUCCCACGC